AUGAACGGAGCAGAGGGAAGAGAGGCGAGAGAACGUGAGGUCGCUGGGAAAUGUUACCGGUCGGGCAGACGCCAUUCCCCGAUGUCGUACUUAUUUCAACCGAUUUUCACCGAAUCGGAAGCUCUCCCGAUUCGGUUCACAAACCGAUUCUCACAGUCACUGGUACAAAAAGUUAUUAAAGACACCAUUGCUUGGUGGCGGGGAGUCGGGAAAGCGGCUGCCAUCAGAAUCGUAACCCUCGCUGCUUCCUCCUCAUCCGUUCAAGUCUCUGUUCUUCUGCUGCUGCUUUUGUUGUGGGAAAGGAGAGGGAGGGAAGAUGAUGAGGAGAAAGCCCAGCAGGAUAGAGAUGAAUUUGGAGGAAGACAGGCAGGAGCUGGAGGAAGCCAGGAAGCAGCACCAGCAGCAGCAAACGUUUGCGACAACACCCACGCCGGCAACGACUCUCCUCCAUCAUCUCCAAGGCAACAAGGAGUCCAAGCAUCAGAGGAUCGGUCUUUCAGACUAGUCCCGGUUAUAUAUCCAAUCCUGUCCUCUGGAGGAUCUAGGAAUGCGUCCGGGUAUGCAGGUUGUCUUCUUGGGGAAUCUCCCAAGUCCAAGAAGUGAUGCUAUUCCACAGAACCCUUGAAACCAACUUUCACAUCCAACAUAUUCUGUACAAACUAGUGUUGCAUAUCAUUUGAAAAACCUGUUCUCCUGGUUACGGUCGAGACUCAAAGGCCUUCUCUAAGUAACUGGGUGUCAGAUGGAGCCGAAUCAGUCAAUUUUUCAAGUAACUGGGUGUCAGAUGGAGCGAAGUCAGUCAUUUUUCCAAGUAACUGGGUCUCAGUGGCAAAGUCAGUCACCUUAUCUGACUACUGGAAACCUUGGAAUAAACCGCCUCUUUGAAAAU